CACCAGAAGAUUCACACAGGAGAGAAACCGUAUGAGUGCCCAGAUUGUGGAAUAAGUUUCAGUCAGAGUUCUGGUUUAGUGAGACACCAGAGGGCUCACACAGGAGAGAAACCAUAUGAAUGUCCAAAUUGUGGGAAAAAUUUCAGUCGAAAUUCCAGCCUGGCAAUACACCAGAGAACUCACACAGGAGAGAAACCAUAUGAGUGUGCAGAUUGUGGAAAAAGUUUCAGUCAGAAUUCUCAUCUGAUGAUACACAAGAAGAUUCACAAAGGAGAGAGACCAUAUGAAUGUGCAGAUUGUGGGAAAAGUUUCCUCCGGAAUUCAGACCUGGUGAUACACCAGAGAAGUCACACCGGAGAAAAACCAUAUGAGUGUCCAGAUUGUGGGAAAGAUUUUAGUACCAAGUCUGGUCUUAUAAAUCAUGUAGGUAUACAUACAGGGGAGAAACCAUUCAAAUGCCUGGACUGUGGACGGUGUUUCACAAAUAGUUCCUCCCUUACUGUGCACAAGAAAGUUCACAUGAUGCAGGAGAUAAGUUUAGAGAAGUCUUGAAAUUCAUUUCUGGUGUCCUAUUGGAAGUCAAAAUGAACAAUUAAUUGGCCUGAUUCUUGUUAGUCAAGUGUCUCAUGAGACAUUAAGGAUGAGUGAGAAAAAAUGGAAAAUGUUAGUUCGAUCAAGACGAGCAAUACAUAUCUGGUCAUCGGCAGAAGUGACUAUGAUUAUGUUAGCCCAAAUGGUGCAAUUUGCAAAUUGAACAUUAUAGAACAUAGAAACGCAACAUGCAGAAUUUCAGUGUUCUGCACUCUGGGUGUUUUUCAGAUUUUGAGGCCACAAUUUCCCAGCCAGCAUAUCCUUUGUACAAAAUGUCUGUGAGUCAUAAGUAACCUUUCUGAGUGGUCCCAGUAAACUGCUGAAGCUUCUAAAAAAUACAUUGUAAAAAAAUAAGCACAGAGGUUGUAGCUUUAGCAGAAAAAACAUUGUGGUUUUGAAUACAGAGUUCUUAGGUUCGUUAACAACCCCUGCCAUGACCUUUUCUUGGAGGUGCCUGCUUGUUACCCCAAUGGUAACAGCGUCAAAAUGCUGUCAAAUUUGUUGCAAAUGCCUUGGUGUUGGAGCUGUAAGAAAUAAAUUAUAUGGUAGAAAAUGUUUCAUUACUACAAAAAGCAUUGUGUGGCUAUUAAAAUAGCUUUUGAGAAUGAAAGAAAUGGGUAUUGUCAGCAUUGCUGUGAAUCUGGGGGUAAGAUAAUGUAAAGCUGUCUUCCCAACACAUGGGAGAUGGUUCCAUUUCUUUCGUUCCUCUCUCAGGGCUUUUUAAAUUUUUCCAAAUAAUCCCUACAAGUAAAGAGAGGAACAAUAAUUGGAGCAGAAAAGUGGAAUUUUCGCUAUGGAAAUGAAUAAUUCUGAUUUUGCUGAGUUUAGGAGACACCAAAGAAUUGCAGGUUUGUUCAUUUCACUAACACGAUUCAGAGGACUGGUUAUAAUUUUUUUUCUAAUGGGUCACUUUGCAUAGGAUCCCUCUGCAAAAGGACACCCAUAACCAGGACCAGGUCAAGGGUGAGGAGGAACCAAGAACCUCUUUUGGCCUGAGCCUGCAGCUCCAGGUAGUUUCAAACUUAAACAUGUUGGAAGU